AUGUUUCACCACAGAAGCCAGUCCUUGUUGAUGAAACACUUAUCGUCAUCAUCACUCUCACUUUUCAACGUGGCACGUGUGAGAACAUUCUCCACAUCGAGAGUUCAUUCAGAACAAUUGGUGGUUUUCGAAGAAAUUCCUCUCUCUCAAAUCUCUCCGAAACUUUCCUCUUCAACAACCACGAUUGGCCUAGUGACCAUCAAUAAGCCUGACAAGAUGAACGCAUUGUGCCCAAAGACAGCUGUUCAAUUCAGAGAAUUGUUUGAGAGUGAUCAAAUUUGUAAUAACAAGAAUUUGGGAUGUCUUGUCUUGACAGGUGCCAAAUCCAACACUCCUGGAAAGAGUGCUUUUAGUGCUGGAGGUGAUUUUGAUUUCUUAUUGGAACGUUGUAAUGAUCAACCAUUCAAUAACUCUGCAAGAAUGUUACAAUUUUAUAAUUCCUUCUUGACUCCCUUGUUGAAAUUGUGUCCUGUUCCAACUGUUUCAGCUUUAAACGGACAUGCUAUUGGAGCUGGUCUAGCCAUUGCCUUGGCAACAGAUGUUCGAUUUGUUGAAUCCAAUGCCAAAUUGGGAGUGAAUUUUGUCAACUUGGGUUUGUCACCUGGAAUGGCAUCCACUUAUUUCCUUCCAUUUUUACUUGGCCAUCAAUCAGCAAGUGCUUUGCUUUUAACAGGAGAUUUAAUCAGUGCACAAAGAGCUCUUGAAUUAGGAAUGGUCUAUGAAGUUGUUGAAGGUGAAGAUCAAUUGAGAGAGAAGGCAAUUGAAUUUGCUGCAAAAAUUGCAAGAAAUCCACCAAUUGCCACCAAAUUGUGUUUGAAGAAUUUAAGAAUGCAACAAUUGGAAGGUUUGGAAAAGAUGAUUAUUCGUGAAGCAGAUGCACAAGCUCAAAGUUAUGCAGAUCCAAUUUUGAAAAAAACUAUUGAAUCACUCAUUCGUAAAUCCAAUGAAAAGAAGUAA